AUGAAGACCUCAUUCCUCGCUAUCCUGGCUGCUGCCGCCGGCGUUGCCAUUGCCGACAGCCUCGACGUGCCCGACUGUGCCAAGAGCUGCGUCAACGAUGACAUCCAGAAAAGUGGCUGCGCGCAGGACCAAAUCAAGGACUGUUACUGCCAAAAAGCAAAUGUUAACUCUUUGAUCAACUGCGUUUCUGGGGCCUGCAAAGACCAAAAUGACCUGGUCAAGGCAGCCCAGGCGGCACAGAAGGCUUGCCCUCAGCUCAACGGCGGUGUCUUUCCCGGCCAAGGAAAUAACGGCAACUAG